AACAAUAUAAGCCCUCGUUUACUUGCUUCUGUACACCCCCCCCGCCUCAACCGCCAUGGAGUCCGUCGCGGCCUCUGCAGCCAUCCUCGCCUCCCCCUCUCCCAUCUCUCUCUUCUCCCCCAGUCGCACCUUCUCCAAACGCCCUUCCUUCCUCCCCAUCGCCUCCAAGCAUAAAGGAGAUGAAGCCGAUCUUCACUCCGACUCCGAGAGCACCAAUCUCGUCCCCUUCCUUAACAACAACGCCUCCAUUUCCCCUCUCUCCAAGGAUGCGGCGAUGGGCCUGGUUCUGAACGCUGCGGCUGGGAGAGGAUGGACCACGGGAUCCGGAAUGGAAGGCCCUUCUAUGCCUGCCGACCUGGAAUCCCCCGAUCGGACGGUCUCCACCUUUCCCUUGUCCCUCUUCACCAAGUCCCCCCGUCGACGAAUGCUGGUGGCCUUCACCUGUAACGUUUGCGGCCAGCGUACCACCCGCGCCAUCAACCCCCACGCGUACACCGACGGCACCGUCUUCGUUCAGUGCUGUGGAUGCAAUGUGUUCCAUAAGCUGGUGGACAAUCUGAAUCUCUUUCACGAGAUGAAGUGCUAUGUGAAUCCGAGCUUCCGUUAUAAAGGUGACACACCAUUCAACUACCUAGACGAAGAUGAUGGUGAUGAUCAGAAUAUCUUCCCCAUAUUAUGAGGUGAAAUAAGGAAUAGUGGUAUAGAUGAUCUGUAUAUUGAUGGUCUCUUUGUGGUCUCUUCAUAUGAUACUAAUAAAUUGUCAGGAAACAUGUAUUACUAUUUGAAGUGGUUUAUCGACACUGUAGACUCUAAAUUGUUCACAGAUGUAAAUAUUUGUUUCUUUUUUAGCUCAAAGCCUUAUAGUCAACUAUUAAAUCA